CACGGAGCAGGAUGAUGGCUGCCGCCUGCCGGCCAGUCAUUUGCGCGGCAAUCCUUCUCGCCAAAAGCAGGGCACGCAGACCACCACCACAGCUGAGCUGACCAGCAGCAGAACAGAAGCAAACAUCAAAAGAAUUGACCACCAGCUCCUGCAGAGUUCUUCCUCUCGCCUUGUUGUUGCUCGCGGGCAUAGACCGCAGCGCAGCUCGCACAGACCGGGUACCACUUGUUUGUCGAGUUGUGGGGGAAGGGGGCGAGCAAGGAAGCAAAGCUAGUGGUAGGCCGGCAAGGCGGCCUGGUGGAGACCUCGAGUCGAGUCGACCAUGGUGGCGCGCGGGCAGGGCGGAGACAGGGCGGAGGAGGAGGCCGCGGCGCGGUGGGAGAGCGAGAAGGAGGCGGAGAUCGACUACGUGUUCAAGGUGGUGGUGGUGGGCGACGCGGCGGUGGGCAAGACGCAGCUGCUGGCGCGCUUCGCGCGGGACGAGUUCGCGCUCGACUCCAAGCCCACCAUCGGCGUCGAGUUCCAGACGCGCACGCUCACGCUCCACCGCAAGCGCGUCAAGACGCAGAUCUGGGACACCGCCGGCCAGGAGAGGUACAGGGCGGUGACGAGCGCGUACUACCGCGGCGCGCUGGGCGCCAUGGUGGUGUACGACGUGACGCGGCGCGCCACGUUCGAGCACGUGGCGCGGUGGGUGGAGGAGCUCCGCGCACACGCCGACGGGUCCACCGUCGUGGCGCUCAUCGGGAACAAGGCCGACAUGCCCGCGGCGCGGCGCGAGGUGCCCGCCGACGAGGCCGCGCGUCUGGCCGAGGACCAGGGCCUCUUCUUCUCGGAGGCGUCCGCGCUCACGGGCGACAACGUGGAGCGCGCCUUCCUCACGCUCCUCGAGGAGGUCUUCGCCGCCGUGUCGCGCAGGGCGCUGGAGCUCGACGAGGCCCGCCGGAUGCGCGGCGACCAGGGCGACGGCGGCGGCGAGGUGCUGUCGCUCAAGGGGACCGCGGUGGACGUGGGCUCCAUCAUGGAGACCAGCGCCAUGAAGAGGAGCUCGCAGUGCGCUUGCUCAUGACGAUGCAUGGCUCAAGCACUGACAAGUUCGAGCAACAAAGGCGCCGCGAGAAAAUCUAGGACAGCAUCACAUUGGCAGGAGAAAUCUUCGACAUCUCAAUCCGUACACAACAAUCGACAACCCUGUGACUGUGAAGCAAGCACAUCACUACAAGUCCUCGCAACUCUAGUCUCCACUCUCCACUCUCUCCAGCAUGCGAACACUAUGUUCGUAAUGUCUCUCUUACUCUUCUCCUGCAACAGCUGGUAGUCCUUCUUUGAACCAUGUGUAAAGUCCUCCUUCCAGAUGGUACACGUUGCUGUAGCCAUUCAGGACCAACAAGUACGCAGCUAUCAGGGACCUGCCAAAAUUCAACCGGAACAGAGCAUAAGCUCCAACGCUGAUAUUAUUUGCUCUCGAGAAAAUAGCACGAUAUUUCGAAC